CUGUCUCGGAACGCUCAUUUGAAUUUCAGGAAUUCCAAAUUUUUCUAAUGAAGCGUUUGCCUCAACCCACACAGCUAUCUUCAUGAAUGCCUGAAACAUCAAUCCAAUUGGCCAGUCCAGAUACAGCUGGUCGUCUGUAUCGCGCCAGUCUCCGGACUCAACUUCAUGACAGUCAGAACACAGGAGUCUCGGACAUAGAUAUUCUUUCUCUCCUCCGGUCUUCAGCUCGCAAUCUUCGAGGCUUUCCUAUGCUCAUACCACAGACACCUCAGAGACUCAGCUAUGCAAUAUGGUCUAACAGUAGGCAUUUUCAACCUAUCCCACUUCCCGAUUCGAUGUCUCCCCCGCUCUGCUAUGCAACGAACCAUGUCGGCGGCAAUCAUCUCGCAAUUGAGUUGGCAGAAUUCGCAUCUACAGUGCCUCAUUUGGCGCAUGGGCAUAUGUAUCAUGGAACCAAAAAUGAGGCCUUCCAAAUUAUGUCUAUGAUCCUGUUCAACGGGGAAGUUGGCUGGAUCCAUAUACACCCUUUUACUUGGCCCCUUUGCAUACAGGAAGAGGCAACGGCCAAGUCCGUGAGGUAUCAUGGCUUCAGUCAAGUUGAAUAUCGUAGGGUGUUGGAACAGAGUAUAUAUCAUGACAAUAUCGAACAACUGAAUGGAAUCGACCGCACUAAUCAACUUCACGAUCCUUAAACACACCACUGCAACGAGACACAAGAGAAUCGCGGUCAUCAUGUCAAACACCAUCGAAAAUCUCAUUUUCAACAGCCUGCGCGAUAUCGGCGUAAGACGAGCAUUUGGUCCAAGACAAGUACCUCCUUUCACUGGAACACUUAACCGCAACGGAAUUCAGUACGAGAUUAUGG